CUCAUUAUGAACCUAACAACAGCUGAAUGCAAAAGAUUAGACUAUUGAAUUUUACUCAUAAAUACGUGCUUGACAUUUUUUCCCGUUAAAUUACUCGUAAGGGAUGUCCAUUAAUAAUUCAAUUCACGUAUGUACUACCGUUAAGAUAAGUGCAAUAGUGCUAUAUUAUUUAAAUUGGCUAAGUCUGUUGGCUGUCCUCCAUUUCUUUCUGCUCACCCUUUUGCCUUUGCGGGUACUAGUAGUAAAAGUGCUGUUACUGGAAAGGCAACAUAAAGGAUUUCAUUUGCAGAAUGGUAUGCUUUGGUCAUUGCAUUUUGAACGGGAAAAUUGUUUUUCAAGACACUGAAAAAUACAAGGAGAAAAAGGGGAUGAACAAUUUGGGGCGGAAAGAGUUUGAUUGAGUACGUACGUAUGUCUACCGUUAAGUGAAAUGCACAGUGCUAACUACUAACCAAGCCAAACUAAACGAGUCUUGUGACCAAACAAAUUGUGUUCGGUUGCAUGAAUUCUAUUUUUCCAUUAAGCUCUCUCCGGGGCUAUUUUUGAAAUGGCAAGUCUGAUGUCCUCCAAUUCUUUCUACUGAUCACACUUUUGCCAUUGUGGUAAUUGUAAUAGUGCUAUUAUUGGAAAGGCAACAGAAAUGAUUUCAUCUGCAGAAUGGUAUGCUUUGGUCUCGGCCAAUCUCGGGUUGCUUCUGGGCCUCAUCCAGGUAUAUCAGAACCGAAAAGAUUCUCCAUUUGAAACUCGACCCACCACCAUGGCCAUUUCCCUCGCAGCAUUAUGCAUCUCUAUCUUCGCAGCAGCAGCUUUGCUCAAAUUCAAAGCAGUGAAAGUGGAGGAGGAGGAGCAACAAACCAUUGGGCAUUUUCUCUAUUACUGUCGAAUCCGCGACAUGAAUGUCCUGCUCUCAGGUGUUGUUACCCUGUCAUGCAUUGUAUCCGUCUUCGUCGCAGAUGGGCUUGUUUGGAUUGUGUUUGUCUCAUGUGCUUGUAUUGUCUCUGCUCUACUCGUGGCUUGGUGUUUCCUGUUUCUACCCAUUUUCGGAAGAACCAAAUCCGGCCAUGGUGAAUCGGGUCCCAAAAGGGUGUAAUUCUCCAUCUUGCAGUUUUUGUCACAUUUCCACUGUCCCUAAUCCUUAAUCCUUAAACAUACAUAUAUGAACCAAGAUAAAAUGUUAGUAAGAGGUUUUUUUUUUUUUCCUCGGUAAAAUGAUAGUAAGAGUUGUAUUAUAGUCGAAUACUAGGUCUAUAGCUUAAAUAAGUGUAUGACUUCCCUUUUUAAUCAUAUGAUCAUGUGUGAAGCAUCACAAUAUAGACCACUUAAAAGUGAUGAGAAUAUAUAGAGGUCUUAUUAUAAACUGAAUGGCCUUGUAUGUAUGCUAAUUGCAACCUUGUACAAUUUUAAAUAUGUAUCUUGCAUUACGACCACUGUCACAUCAGUCACUGUGUGCGUCUCCUCCAUAUGUAAUCUACCUAGCUAAGAAAAUAAGGAAAACCCAAAGCAUAAUUGAAUCUACUAGCAUGCCCCAAGGAG